AUGAGCGGCUAUCAAAACGGAGAGCGGCCCGUCCGCGUCGACGACGACAGCGACGUCGAGGAGGAGGCCCUCGUCAACGACUACAAGGAGCAGGUCCAGUAUGAGGACAACAUUGGCGAGGACCUCGAGCAGGUUAACUCCCUGACCAUGGCCCAGCAGACCGACGACAUCCAGUCGCGCCUCGCCGCCGCCGCCCAGCCCCUCGACUUCUCCGCGCCCCUCGAGGUCAAGUUCCAGAGCUACGACUCCUACUGCAGCCUGUUCCACUUCAUCCUCAACAGCGAGGGUCCCGUCGACCUCGAGCCCCCUUCGUACUACUGGGCCUGGGACGUCAUCGACGAGUUCAUCUACCAGUUCAACUCCUUCUCGUCCUACCGCAUGCGCAUCGCCCGCCAGGGCAACAACGAGGAGGAGAUGCAGGUCCUCAAGGAGAACCCAAACACCUGGGGCUGCUACUCGGUCCUCAACGUCCUCUACUCCCUCAUCCAGCGCUCCCAAAUCACCGAGCAGCUGGCCGCCAUGCGCCGCAACGAGGACCCCAUGGCCGUCGCGGGCGAGUACGGCUCCAAGAACCUCUACCGCAUGCUGGGCUACUUCUCCAUCAUCGGUCUCCUCCGCGUCCACUGCCUCCUCGGCGACUUCAGCCUCGCCCUCAAGACCCUCGACGACAUUGAGCUCAACAAGAAGGCCAUGUUCGCCCGCGUCAUGGCCGCCCACUUCACCACCUACUACUACGUCGGCUUCUCCUACAUGAUGAUGCACCGCUACGCCGACGCCAUCAAGAUGUUCUCCCACAUCCUCGUCUACGUCUCCCGCACAAAGAACUUCCAAAAGAACGCCCAGUACGACUCCAUCACCAAGAAGAACGACCAGAUGUACGCCCUCAUCGCCAUCUGCGUCGCCUUCCACCCCACCCGCCUCGACGACACCAUCCACUCCGCCCUCCGUGAGAAGUACGGCGACCAGCUCCUUAAGCUCCAGCGCGGCGGCCCCGAGUCCCUCCCCAUCUUUGAGGAGCUCUUCCGCUCCGCCUGCCCCAAGUUCAUCUCCCCCGUGCCCCCAGACUUUGAGAACCCGGAGUCCAACAUCGACCCCGUCGAGCACCACCUCGCCGUCUUCAUGGAGGAGGUCAAGAUCAACAUGAUGAGCCCCACCGUCAAGUCCUACCUCCGCCUCUACACCACCAUGGACCUCAACAAGCUGGCCGGUUUCCUCGAGGUCAAGCCCGAUGAGCUCCGCUCCUGGCUCCUCGUCAACAAGCAGCGCACCAAGCAGUUGCGCUGGACUGACCACCCCAGCCUGUUGGACGGCGACCUCAUCAACGUCAGCGACCUGGACUACGCUAUGCAGGGUGAUCUGAUCCACAUCUCGGAAGCCAAGGUUGGCCGCAAGCUGGUCGACUGGUACCUCCGCAACCUGUCCCGCACGUACGCUUGA